GCCUUCUAGUCAGAGGAUUAAAAAAAUUAUGAAAAUGAGGGUGUUUUUUUUCUCUCUUUUAAAUCAGAGUGAUUACUAAUCACAAAAAGUGGGUUGUGGAAUUUUUUUCGAGGUGGUAGCCUGUAUAAAUUACUCGGAAAUUACUGAAAGAGCAAAGACUCAAGAGCUCAACGCAAUCAACAAGUCGACCCAUCCCUACGUGAGCACCCCGACCCGGCCACACCAUGCCCUCUCUGCUGCCCUAUCUUGGCUUGUUUCUGCUCGCACUGCUUCCCUUGGCCUCGCUCGGACUCUACAGCGGAGACACGGAUUUCUACGAAACAUCUGGAAGCCAGCUGCAGAAUGAGGCGCACGCGCCGGACCACAAGUGGCUUUCCAUCGCCAGACAGAUGCGGAGAGACAUCGCGAGCGUCCGCGACGAGCAGUUGAAAAGGGACUUCGCAGACACAAGCAGCGAGUUCGCCAGUGUGAGGAUCCAGACGCCGCUCCUCAGCUCCUCAGACGGGUGUCUGCCCUCCGACUUCACCGCGCAUAAAUGUCUGCGGCGGAUCUACAAUGGUUUGCGGGUGUACCAAGCUUACCUGCCCUAUGUAGAGCGAGAGAACGUGACUGCAGCUCACAUGGUGGAUAUUAAAGUCGGGAUCACCAGAUUGUUGCAUUUAAUCAAAGAAACAGUAAAAGUAAAUGAUGAUAAGGUUCACCCAACCUCCUUGAGAGAGUUACCCGAUCAGUCAACGUGGACACGGAAGACAGUCAUAAACUUCAUUCUGCACAACUUCGCAGACUUCAUGACUGAUACGAGUAGGGCGAUUAAUUACAUGAAGAACAUAAAAUUAAUGAAACACAUCAUGAAGGAAGAUGAGUGGCUCUCAAAAGAUGAGCAGUGAAAUGUCUGAUGUUUUGUUUAUUUUAUUUAUCUGGUCACAUAUUUAUUUAUUUAUCUGUCUAUUUAUUGCAGUUAUAUAAGAAAAAGGGGGGUAAUAUUUAAAAUUUAGAAGUUUAAUGUUUGAUAGUGAAGGGAAUUAAUACUCAGAGAGCGAAAAUUAGUGGAAAUCUGUACUUUUGUAAAUGAUUUGUACUGAAGAUAAUGGAUUGUGGUCUGAGUUACAUUAACUCACCUUGUAUGUGUUAUAUUAACACAUACGUGACUGUUUUUAAGAGAUAAAUAAAGAUUUAUCAAAAGAAAUAUCUGCUGUUUUGUCAUUUAUUUGCUGAUAUUGGUAAAAACACUGAAACAAUGAGUUUACAAUAACCUAGAAGUAUAAGUAUGCACACCCCUAACUAAUAACUUUGUUGAACCACCUUUUAAUUUUAUACACAUAAUUAUAAUUUUAUUUUAUACACCACUCAAUCUUUUUGGGUAAGAGUCUAUGAACGUGACACAUGCGAUACACACACUACACACUAACAGCACAAUUCCUACAAAAGUAACAUUGUGCUUAUUUUCAUCAUAUGACCACCAACCACUACCACCAUUACAUUCCAGCUUUGGGCACAUCCCCAAUCAAUUACCUUAUUCUCCCAUUACUGCAGAAAAAAUCUUAUGUUUCACAAUCAAUAUAAAAUGCAACAGGAACAUAUUCAGACACCCCACAUAAUCUAAGCCUAAUAAUAAACAGAUUUAAAAAAAAAAAAAAAAAAAGGUUGUUAUUUAACAAACAAAAAAUAUUAUCAUUGAUAUGGUGAGUUUUUUUUGUGCAGAAAUGUUUAUUUAUGGAAGGAGUCUCCAGCGUCAGCACUUUGUAACAGUUCCAGUAACAGUAAUGCUGUAACUUUAGGUUUUCUGCCACAGCAAAGUCUUUAGUAUAGAGAAGUUUGCAUUUUGUGGUGUGUCAGCAACACAAGAAGCUGUGAUUUUUUUUUUUUUUUUGGCUUAUUAACUUGAGUGAGAAGGAAAAAAAGAGGUUUUGAAAAAUUAUAAUUAUAAAAAUCAAAAAUUAUUAUUUUGAUUUCAUGUUGUCAGUAAUUCCUGCUAACAGCACCUGAAACAUGUCAAUUGAACUGUAAACACAAGAUAUGGUAAAUAUUCGAACACCCUACAAAAUGAUGCAACAGACUGAUUGCGUUUUCUUUUGGUUUUCUCAAAGCUAAGAACAAAAAAAACAGCUUGUAUGCAUUCGGGUAUAUCUAGUACUCUGCAAGCCUCCAAAUAGUGUUUGCCUUUAAUUUUCAUAUUACCUCCACUGUGACACAUUACUUCAGUCAUUUUGGAAAGUUCGUUUUUGAAUUACACAGAAAAUUUGUAGUUUCACAGGAAACCAGAGCUAUCAGCUUCAUAAAAUCAGAGGAAGAUGGUGUGAAGAUGAAAAUCCUGUCUGAGCUGAACUUUUACAAGAAUCAUGAUCAUAAUCCAUAGCAGGAGAUAGGGUACCGCUAGAAAGUGAAAAAUGUGAAGGCGUGAAGCAUAAUUGUGUAUAAUUAUUUGAUCUCAUAACUUGUGGUGAGCAUGGUUUUUCACUUCUAUCAUGGUACUGG